UACAAGAACAUACGAGUGACAACUUUAAAGCGGCGGUAAAAAGAAAAUUUGUUAUUCACAAAGCGAAUGCAAAUGGAAACAUAAAAUUUAGUAUUAUAGUUAGUGACAACUUUUCAGCAAUACUGUGCAACUAAAAGGCGCUUCCCAAAAUAAUGUACCCAUGCAUGCGAAUGACGCGUGCACUACGCAAUUUGUACCAUUGUGUUUUAUUGUUUCUUCUUCUCAUACCCAUUGGGAUCGGCGUUUUCACACUAUUUUGCGGCAGUUACGUAGCACAUAGUGUAAUACCCACCAUCUGCGAGUCUUACAGUCAAAAUCAUACCAGCGGCGCCUUGUGCGAAGAGUUCUGCAUCAAGCCGUCGGUCUUUAGCGACUUCCACUGCAUUCGCGGAAUUCCAUACGCAUUUACCGCUCAAAGAAAUGGAAAUGUUUACGAUUUCCAAUUGGUGGCGGAAUCGCUUGACGAUCUGACAUGGCGCGAUAAGAACGGCGUUGAUGUUUAUCCAAAAUCUGCGGACUUGUAUCACAUGGUCAAAAUGCAUCUAUUGCUCAAUUAUAAUGUGACGCUGGAAGAUAAUGUGCUGAAACGCUUAAUCAACAACGAAGUGGAUGAAAAUGAACCGACACAAAUAAAAGAUUUCUGGAACCUUUUCAAUGACAAUGACUUUGUGAUGACUAAGCUAUUCGAAGAUGAAGCAAUACUGCCAACAAUGCUGGGCACUUGCGGAAGCAUGUUUGUAACGGAGCAUUUACAUACUCCAUUUGAGAUAAGAAAUGGUUUUACACAUAAACAUCUGAACUUUCAAACCAUAUACGAAUAUGUAUUGCGUUUGGACAUGCUCAACCCGGAUCCGGUGAAAAUCUGCAAAGUGCGUUUGGAUUAUUUUAGCUUAUCGGCGGACAAUAGAGUCAAAGCUCGAAACGCGCGCUACUUGAUGCUGGAGAGUCAACUGCUUAAGGAGUUGGCUAGCGGCAAAUCUUGUUGGUACGACACCGAUUGUCACUGGUUUGACUGUAUUGGUAGCUGUGUGAAAAAUAAGUGCAUCAAACCGCCAAGACAGAGUAAUGUACAACAGUUAUGUCAAUAUGUGCAUAUGAAUCCAGAACAAUUUCGUUAUUUUCGGGCACAAGACGAAAUGCGGAUACUCUAUGAGUAUGCGUGCAAGCGAAAGUACCGAAAGAACUAUUGGUAGACAGACAUACUCACAUGCUGAACUGCAUAUACACUGAUAUAUGUACGUAUGUACAUGCAAACAUGGAUGACUUAAUGACACACAUCUUUACUAACUCAGGUACAUACCGUUACACUAACAUGCAUGCAUGACCUACUGACGUACAUACAUACAUAUACAUAUGUAUAUGUAUAACUGACAUACAGUGACCGAGUGCGUUUCGGAGAUAAAAGACAAUUUCUCCUGGUUCAUACACAUACAUUUUAGAUAUUGACAUACUGACAUAUGUACGUCUAUAUACAUACAUACACAUUUAGGACUGCGUUGCUCUUCUUUAUAAGUAUUCCAGUUUUACAAACCAAAAAAA